AUGCCUUCUGCAGAACACGUCAAUGCCGAGGAUGAAUACGCCGCCGGUGGCACACGCAUCUUUGGCGGAAACGCCACCGCCAGGUCGAGACUGUUAGAGCCCUUGGUGUACUCUGGAUCAUUGGAUAGUUACAAGUACCAAGAUUUGACACCAGUCAUUGGUCGAGAGUUUGAAGGCCUCCAAGUGACCGACUUGCUUCAGGCAAGCGAUGCUGUGAUCAAAGACCUAGCCGUCACUGUGUCUCAGCGCGGAGUCGUUUUCUUGCGCAAUCAAGAUGUCACACCUAAUCAGAUGCGAGACCUCAUGUUGCGAUUGACUGAACUCUCCGGAUGUCCCUCAUCAUCCGGUCUCCACGUCCAUCCCCUCACAGAAGAAGGUUCCGAACUCGGCGACCAAAUUUCCGUCAUCAGCAGUGAAAAGCAAAAGAAGGGCGGCGGCCUCACCCACCAACUCUCAGACGUAAGCCGCUUGGCAUCAGCAGGAUGGCACAGCGAUAUCACCUUCGAGCCCGUACCCUCCGACUACGCCAUGCUCAAGAUCCACACCCUCCCCGCCACCGGCGGCGACACCCUCUGGGCCUCUGGCUACGAGAUUUACGACCGCCUCUCCCCAGCCAUGCGCACAUUCCUCGAGGGCCUCACCGCAACCCACGACGCCAAAUUCUUCCUCGAUGAAGCAGAAAGACUUGGUAACCCGCUCCGAAAGGGCGUUCGUGGUAACCCGCUCAACUACGGCGAUGCACUUACAGCCGUCCACCCCGUGAUUCGUACAAACCCGGUAACCGGCUGGAAAUCCGUCUACGUAAACAAAGGCUUCACCAAACGCAUCAACGGCAUCACAAAAGAUGAAUCAGAUCUCCUCCUCCCUUACCUCUUCAAUCUUGUCACGCAAAACCACGAUGCGCAGGUACGAUUCAAGUGGAACAAGAAUGAUCUUGCUAUCUGGGAUAAUAGGAGUACUUGGCACUGUGCUACGUACGACUAUGUGGAGGCGAGGGCGGGAGACCGUGUGGCGAGUUUGGGGGAGGCGCCGUAUUUGGAUUUGGGGAGUCGUGGGCGGAGGGAGGCGUUGGAGGCAAAGUAG